UGAAGAGGCUAUGGGUAAAGCAGGGACCGCUCACAAUACGUCCAGCAGUGACAUGGAAAACCACAUCUUUAUGAAAGCUAAAUCAAAGGAGGAAUAUCUGUCCUUGGUGGCAAGACUAAUUAUUCAUUUCAGAGAAAUUCAUCAGUUCCAGAUGCAGCAGCUAGCACAACAGUAUCAGCAGCAGUUUCAGCAGCAGCAAGCAGCCUUGCAACAGCAGCAGUUUCAGCAGCAGCAAGCAGCCUUGCAACAACAGCAGUUUCAGCAGCAGCAAGCAGCCUUGCAACAGCAGUUUCAAGCGCAGCAAGCGUCUGCAAUGCAACAGCAACAGUUUCAAGCACAGCUGCAGCAGAUGCCGUUGAACAACGCAGUGAUGGAUCCUGGAGCGGACAGCGACUGGAGGAGUCUCGCUUUCCGACAGAAAGCGGUAGACCAGAUUGAAGAGGCUCUGCGUAAAGCAGGGACCGCCCACAUUACGUCCAGCAGUGACAUGGAAAACCACAUCUUCAUGAAAGCUAAAUCAAAGGAUGAAUAUCUGUCCUUGGUGGCAAGACUAAUUAUUUACUUCAGAGACAUUCAUGAGGCCCAAGGCCAAGGUGAUCAGCUCCAGAUGCAACAGUUGGCUCAGCAACAGCAUCAGCAGCAGUUUCAGCAGCAGCAGGCAGCCUUGCAACAGCAGCAGUUUCAGCAGCAGCAGUUUCAAGCGCAGCAACAGUCUGCCAUGCAACAGCAACAGUUACAAGCGCAGCAGCAGCAAAUCCAGCAGCAACACAUACUCAAGCUGCAGCAGAUGCAGUUUAAGUAAGUCACUUAAACUCCAUGUGCUCAGUCCUUCGGAUGAGAUGUAAAACCGAGGUCCUAUUGUAAGUGAUUCUGCAGCAGCAGUUGUGAUGC